AUGAAUAGCGAUCAAGUUACCCUGGUUGGUCAGGUAUUUGAGUCAUAUGUUUCAGAAUACCAUAAGAAUGAUAUUCUUCUAAUCCUGAAGGAAAGAGAUGAAGAUGCUCACUACCCAGUUGUGGUUAAUGCUAUGACCCUUUUUGAAACCAACAUGGAAAUUGGGGAAUAUUUCAAUGUGUUCCCCAAUGAAGUACUAACUAUUUUUGAUAGUGCCUUGAGGAGGUCAGCCUUGACAAUUCUCCAGUCCCUAUCUCAGCCUGAGGACGCCUCCAUGAAGCAGAAUCUUCAUGCCAGGAUAUCAGGUUUGCCUGUCUGUCCUGAGCUGAUGAGAGAGCACAUCCCUAAGACCAAGGAUGUGGGACACUUUUUAUCCGUCACAGGGACAGUGAUUCGAACAAGUCUGGUAAAAGUGCUGGAGUUUGAGCGGGAUUACAUGUGUAACAAAUGCAAACAUGUCUUUGUGGUCAAGGCUGACUUUGAGCAGUAUUACGCCUUCUGCAGGCCAUCUUCGUGCCCCAGCUUGGAGAGCUGUGACUCCUCAAAAUUUACUUGCCUCUCAGGCUUGUCUUCAUCUCCAGCCAGGUGCAGAGAUUAUCAGGAAAUCAAAAUUCAGGAACAGGUCCAAAGGCUAUCUGUUGGAAGUAUUCCACGAUCUAUGAAGGUUAUCCUGGAAGAUGACUUAGUAGACAGUUGCAAAUCUGGGGAUGACCUCACUAUUUAUGGAGUUGUAAUGCAACGGUGGAAGCCCUUUCAGCAAGAUGUGCGUUGUGAAGUGGAGAUAGUCCUGAAGGCCAAUUAUGUCCAAGUGAAUAAUGAGCAGUCCACAGGGAUCAUCAUGGAUGAGGAGGUCCGAAAGGAAUUUGAAGAUUUUUGGGAAAACUAUAAGAGCAAUCCCUUUGCAGGAAGGAAUGAAAUAUUGGCCAGCUUGUGCCCUCAAGUAUUUGGGAUGUAUCUAGUAAAGCUUGCUGUGGCAAUGGUGCUAGCUGGUGGGAUUCAAAGGACUGAUGCUACAGGAACACGUGUCAGAGGUGAAUCACAUCUUUUAUUGGUUGGGGAUCCUGGCACAGGGAAAUCUCAGUUCCUCAAAUAUGCAGCUAAGAUCACACCAAGAUCUGUGCUCACCACAGGUAUUGGAUCUACAAGUGCAGGUCUGACAGUAACUGCUGUGAAAGAUUCAGGAGAAUGGAAUUUGGAGGCUGGAGCAUUAGUACUUGCAGAUUCGGGUCUUUGCUGUAUCGAUGAGUUUAAUAGCCUCAAGGAGCAUGAUAGAACCAGUAUCCACGAAGCAAUGGAGCAGCAAACCAUAAGUGUUGCCAAGGCUGGCCUCGUGUGUAAGCUGAACACAAGGACCACCAUACUGGCAGCAACUAACCCCAAAGGCCAGUACGACCCUCACGAAUCUGUGUCUGUGAACAUCGCACUUGGUAGCCCACUUUUGAGCCGAUUUGAUCUGAUUCUGGUUUUGCUUGAUACCAAGAAUGAAGACUGGGAUCGUAUAAUUUCCUCCUUUAUCUUAGAAAAUAAAGGUUACCCAAGUAAAUCAGAGAAGCUGUGGAGCAUGGAAAAGAUGAAAACCUACUUCUGCCUCAUUAGGAAUCUACAGCCCACACUGUCUGACGCGGGUAAUCAAGUUCUUCUCCGGUACUACCAGAUGCAGCGACAGAGUGAUUCCCGGAAUGCAGCCCGGACAACCAUUCGCCUGUUGGAAAGCUUGAUACGAUUAGCAGAAGCUCAUGCUCGCCUGAUGUUUCGUGACACUGUGACUCUGGAAGACGCUAUUACAGUGGUGUCAGUAAUGGAGUCCUCAAUGCAGGGAGGUGCACUGCUAGGUGGUGUGAAUGCUCUCCAUACUUCCUUUCCUGAAAACCCUUUGGAGCAGUACCAGCGGCAGUGUGAACUUAUUCUGGAAAAGCUAGAGCUGCAGAGCCUCCUGAGUGAAGAGCUAAGAAGACUUGAAGGGUUACAGAAUCAGAAUGUGCACCAAUCCCAGCCAUGGCCAGUGGAGGCUGAGACUCCUCCGGGAUCCUUGAAAAAUGAUCCAGCAGAAGAAUCGAAAUUCAGAACUUCCACACAGCAGGAAAUAAAUGUUAACAUGCAUACCUCCUCUCCUGUAGACAGUCCUGGGGGAAGUCCACUUGUAGAUCCCCCAUCCCAUCUGCGGCCUAAUAGAUCAACAAGGAAAAAACAUUCAGCUCAGCCCCAAAAUAGCAAGAAUAAUGGUCUAGACUGGUUUGACUCCAUGGCAUCUCAUCAGAUGGAACCUCACAACACUGUUCAUGUGUCUCCCAGUCCCAGAACAAUUGAGAAAGAAAUGGCUUCAAAAAUCUCCAACAGUAAAUUACUCCAACAGGGUAAGGAAAAGAAUGGGCCCAGCCAAAGGAGCAAAUCAGAAACGGGACAGCUCCCAGCACCAGGAGGGACAGAUGCUCCAUUGAGGCCAGACAAGACUUUCCAUAAUGAGGGUAAAAGGGCAAAAAAGCCAACAAUGGCUUCUGAAGUAGCAGUACCUGCUGAUGAGCCAGACUCAGUACUGACUUACCACGUUUCUAAAAUACUGCACAAGCUACACAAGGAGAGAGCCCAGGAACUCUGCCAAAAUCCUGUGAGGGAGCCUUCACAGCCGUCAAGCCCAUGUCAUCCUUACUCCAGUCCUGUACACAGCCCAGAAAACACACUGGACACUCCCAAAAGAAAGAGACUGAAAUCCCAAGCUCAAGAAGAAGAACCUGAAAUAGAAGGUGUUGAGAGUCAAGGACCCCCUGUUGCCAAACUGGCCAAAUUUACUUUCAAACAAAAGUCAAAAUUGAUCCACUCCCCUGAAGACCACAGUCAUGUGUCUCUUGGCACAACUGAAAUAACAGUUUGUAGUCCUAAAAUGUUCCAAGCUAGAGCAAGAAGAGAAACAGCUCUGCCUGCGAAGGAUCCAGAAAAGUUGAGAUCGACCCCAGGAAACAGAAGCUCAGGUCCAUUGCAGAAUGCAACAAAGGAGGUGUCACGGCAGCCACCAAAAAAAGAUGUGUCAAGAGAGAAGAGGGAAUGUGCCCCUGAAAAGAGAGUUAUUCAGCCUGAACAGGGGAAGCAGACUGGACAUUCUCACCUUACUGGUGAGAGAGAGAAGAAGGAUAAAGGCAGCAAGGUCCAUGCUUGCACAUUAGCCAAACUGGCGAACUUCUCCUUCACUUCUCCCUCUGAAUCCAAAUCAGAAACCCCUCCUCCUCCUGAAAGUAAAAACUGGAUUGAGAGAGACCUAAACCCUCCUCCUACCACCACAGAUACAAUGCUCGGCAGUAAAAGAAAAACUUUUCAGUUAGAGGGAUCUACUGAAAAAUGGAUUACUUCCACAAGGUCUAUCUUUACAUUACCAGAACUAGAUGAUGAAGCAUUAGAUUUUGACUGGGAUGAAGAGAUAAGAAAAAAAACAUAA